AUGACCCAACGCGUCUUCCCUCGCAUUUCGCAAACUUCGCCAGAGCGCCGCGAUGCUUCCCUGACCGAGCCCUCUUUCGAUGUGAAAGCACUGUCACCGUCGGACAUUGAUGCCGCGAGCGAGAAAGGAAAGACAAUCCUGUACCUGGCAUACGGCUCGAAUCUGUGCAAAGAGACUUUUAGGGAAAAGCGAGGCAUCAAGCCGCUGUCGCAGAUCAAUGUUCUCGUACCUUCGUUACGGUUAACCUUCGACCUGCCGGGUGUUCCCUACAUUGAACCAUGUUUCGGAAACAGUGCGAUGCGGGAACCCGACGCGAUGCAGGACCCCGACGCGAUGGAUAGCGAAGAUUACCAUAAGGAUCGUUGGAAGAAAGGCCUUGUAGGCUGCGUCUACGAAGUCACACCGAGUGACUAUGCGCAAAUCAUCGCAACCGAGGGAGGCGGAGCAGGAUAUCAGGACAUCCUGGUGGACUGUUACCCUCUUCCUGACGGCGAUACAGUACCCGAGAAGCCUACAACACAGCGAUUCCUUGCUCAUACGUUAUUCGCACCUCCGGAGAAAUCGCACGCCCGACCAGAUCCCUCGUAUGCGCAACCUUCGGCACGCUACCUUAACCUGAUCACCACAGGGGCCGCCGAGCUCUCACUCCCACGCGAAUACCAGCUCUAUCUAAACGAGAUCCGGCCGUACACCAUUACAACCAAAAAGCAGCAGAUGGGCAAAGUGCUGUUCGCCUCGAUAUGGUUGCCGUUUCUGCAAUUGCUCUUCGCAUUGAACGCACAGUUCCAGGACGACAAGGGAAGAAGUCCGCCUUGGUUGGCACAACUAGCAGCAUUACUGUUCUUGGGCAUCUGGCGUUGUUAUGAUGGGGCUUUCAAGAAAGUUUUUGGGGAUGGCGAGAGGACGAAAGGAGGUGAGACAUCAAGCAAAAAGGGAGACGAAAUGGACGAAGCGCAAUGGAGAAGAAUUGGUGAAAACAAUGGCUGGUUUCGCAGCCACGAAAAGAUCGAGCAUAUGGCAUAG